CCGGAAUAUGACGGUCACGCCAGGCGGUUGGCCGGCCACUUGGCGAGAAUGGGAAUGUCGCUGACCCAUCCUCGGCUCGUACGAUAAAGUGACAGACGCGACAGCUGCACAAAGCCGAACACACAUCAUGACAUGAUGAUAGAUAUCCGCCCCAGUGCGUUCGUGUGUGUCGGUCGCUCGACCUGUCUGUGUCCAAAUGGCGUGUGAAGCACAGCCAACAGCUCCAGGAGCAGCUCCGCACGGGAUGCGGCACAGUGGAUGACGAACUCGAUGGAGAUCUGACGCUUGGCGGCGAUCGUCAUGAGUGCGCGAAGCAGAAAGACAGCAAAGGGCAAAGGUGAGAUCAGAUGGCCUUCUCUCCUUUCCGUGCGUUAACGUCACGGAAAGCGACCAGAGCGUCU